AUGCGUAUCGAUUGGGUGAUAGAAUCUGAAGCUGACUGUUCUGUUCUUCUCAAAUUAGCUCACUACAUUCGAGAUCGGCUUCUCAUUGUCUGUCCCACUGCCGUCCUCUCCUUUAUUCAAAUAGUGGCCAACAUUGGUGGACCACGUGAAUGGCAUCGAGCACUUUGCCUUCUCUCACGAGUUGCCAUUCUUAGAUACCCCCCAUUCCCGAAUUCCAGCCACCCCGUCAUCCCUGAAGUUGACGGAGUUAAGUCUAACCUGCUUACGGAAUGCAACUCCGGCAACCAAUCUUCUGGCUCGGAUGCCCGCCUUUUGACCCAGACCAUCUUUGAUAUCGGAAACCAUUUUGCUGCUCUUACGAUAAGUUCUAACGCAGCAUUCUUAAGGUCUCUACAAAAUAAGCUCUACUGCAUCUAA